AUGACCUCGCCGACCCUCCAACAGAAACUCAACGACCGACACCAACACGAUCGGACCAACUCUCAAUGUUUAGUACACAAGCUCGUGGAAAAGACUUCGCUAGGACAACAACCAAAAGUCGAGAACAAGCUUGAGAAUCAACUGGAACAGAUCGAUGAGACACAUGCGUUGAAGACCCAGAACUCUACCUCAUCAAAUGGCACCAGUGUCUCGGAGGAGGUGCAAGCCAUCCAUUCGCGACUGUUGACCAAGAGGCAGCUGAGCGACAUGGCCAUGAGUGUACGCUCGCUGGCGAAGCGUCUGAGCAGUCUGAAGGUCAAAUUGCAGAUCCGGCGUGUUUUCUUGCUCACCAAGGCGCACGACAAGACACUGAUUGCGAAGACGAGGGAGGUGGCCAGGUGGCUGCUGAGCAAGGAGCGAGAUAUCGAGUAUACAGUCUACGUGGAGAACACAAUGAAGGAGAAUCAGAUCUUUGACGCAAAAGGCUUGUUGGCCGAGGAUCCUAGUUAUAACGGCCGCUUGAGAUACUGGGACAACGAGCUGGCGAGGACGAGGCCGCAUACAUUCGAUUUCGUGGUGUCGCUGGGUGGGGAUGGGACCGUCUUGUAUGCCAGUUGGCUGUUUCAGCGCGUGGUGCCGCCGGUGCUGAGCUUUGCACUGGGGAGCUUGGGCUUCCUGACCAAGUUUGACUUUGAGAACUACCAGCAAACGCUUACACAGGCAUUUCGGGAUGGCGUCACCAUCAGCCUACGAUUGAGAUUUGAAGGUACCAUCAUGCGCAGUCAAAGGUCCCCCGAGGACUGCCACUCGGCAGAUCUGGUUGAAGAACUCAUGCUAGAAGAGGCGGAUGGCAAGCCGACGCACAAGCCAGAUAGGACGUUCGAGAUCUUGAACGACAUCGUUGUGGACCGGGGACCCAAUCCGACAAUGUCGACAAUUGAGCUGUUUGGAGAUGAGGAGCAUCUCACCACGGUGCAAGCCGACGGCGUCUGUGUAGCCACGCCUACCGGCAGCACCGCUUACAACCUGGCGGCUGGAGGCAGUCUGUGCCAUCCGGAGAACCCUGUGAUUCUGGUCACGGCCAUCUGCGCGCACACCCUGAGCUUCCGGCCGAUCAUUCUACCCGACACGAUCGUGCUCAGGUUAGGCGUGCCCUAUGACGCGAGGGCAAACAGCUGGGCCAGCUUCGAUGGGCGGGAACGAGUUGAGCUUCGCCCAGGCGACUACGUGACUAUCUCAGCCUCGCGAUACCCCUUCGCAAACGUCAUGCCUCCUGGGCGGCGGAGUGAAGACUGGGUCAACAGCAUAUCCCGGACACUGCAAUGGAACUCGCGGCAAAGGCAGAAAGCUUUCCAUGAGUGGGAGACGGCGCAGGAGAAAAAGAAAAAAGAAGAUUCGGCGCAGGCUUGA